CCCAUACUCGCGUCCGGGCUAGCUUUUCCAACCCUUAAAAGUUAAAACACCUAACAGAGGAUUCGCGAACCACCGACCUUUCUAUCGACGAUCGGCGUUUCAGAAAGUUCUACAGAUUACGUUUGACCAUGGCGGCCAAGUAUAUUGUCGGUGCUACUGUGGGAUCUUUUGCAGUAGCAUAUGUAUUUGAUACUUUGAUUGCAGAAAAUAAGAUAUUUGGAGGAACUACCCCAAACACUGUUGCAAGUAAGGACUGGUGGGAAGAAACUGAUAAGAAAUUCCAGGCAUGGCCACGUACUGCAGGACCUCCAGUGGUGAUGAACCCCAUCAGCCGCCAAAACUUUAUUGUCAAGUCUCGUUCUGAUUCUUGAAGAAGGUGCUUUUUGCCCAUGAAUUAUGAACUUGUUUUACAUAUCAUCUGUGUCACAGUUCUGCUUGAACCUCAAAGGAUUAUUGUUAGCAUGGAUUUAAACCUAUGAUCCUAGUAUGAAUUCAUUCUCCUUAUAUCCCUUCUUUAUGUUGACAUGGAAUUGAUGGAUAAUAAUAGGAAAUGUUUUCCGAGUAUGAAUGUCUAUCACGGAAGCAACAUCUCAAGGUUAUGGAUGUCCUGUCACUUGUUUGCUCCAGAAAUUGUCUGUAUGCUGAAACUUUUAAAAAUUCAUUAUCUGUGCUA